AUGGCACAAGUGAGCGAGGUCGCCUACCACGUCGGGGCGUUCAUCUCGACGCUCUUCCUCCUCGAAUUCGGAGCAGACAAAUUCAUCGCCCACACGGCCAUUGUGGCAGCUCGCAUCCAGAUCUCGGAAGUUGUCAUCGGACUCCUCACUGCAGGCGCAGAAUGGGAAGAGCUCGCAGUUGUAAUCGCGUCAAUUGCGCAGGGCCGCUCAUCUCUGGCCCUAGGAAAUGUUAUCGGCUCGUCCAUAUCCAACAUACUGGGCGCAUUCUCCCUCGGACUGCUCUGCUAUGAGCGAGGAGAGCAGAUCGUGUUCGAUAGGAGCUCGCGGAUCUACUCUCUUCUGCUCCUGGUAUUAACAACCGCGUUGAUGCCAAUCAUUUAUUAUUCAACAAGGAUCACCUGGCUGGUGGGAGGUUCUAUCCUCAUCGUGGCAUUUGUAGUCUAUUUCCUCCUUGUGGCGCUGGCAAUUGGUCGAGGAGUCCUUACAGCCCCAGAAGACUCCGACAGCGACAGCGAUAGCCAGAGUGAUGUUGAUGACCAUGAUUCUAGUUCCGUGGGAAGUAGAACUGCGUUGCUCCCUCGCAAUACAGGCACACGCUCGUAUCGACAUAGCCUGCUCUACCACGGACUCUACCUAUUGUUUGGAUUCCUUGCUAUCUGCCUCGCCGGCUACGUCCUAUCCCAAGCUGCAAUAAAGAUCACCGAUCAGCUUGGGAUGUCUGAUGUCCUAUUCAGCGUUGUGAUACUUGCCGUCGCCACUACUCUCCCCGAGAAGUUCAUAGCUGUCAUGAGUGGCUACCGAGGCCACCCUGGGAUACUCGUGGCCAACUGUGCUGGCAGUAAUAUCUUCCUCUUGUCGCUUUGCUGUGGUAUAAUAAUGGUAGACACGAGGGGGAACCUGGAUAGAGGAACAGUGACGGUUUCCGAGUUGGCCGUCCUGUGGGCGUCCACUGUCGCAUUUACAGGGACAGUCUGGUUUGGGGCUAAGUUUUCACGCAGCAUCGGUGUUGCCAUGCUCGCUGGCUAUAUUGCAUUCAUUAUCCUGGAAUUUACCGUGAUUCACGGAAAUUCGGGCUAA